GGAAAUUGACUGCGAAAUCGUACCAAAUAUUAUGGGAUGGCAAUGGUGGGCGCGUGAUUUUGAACAAAAAGUUGAACUAAACAAUUUAUGUUGGUGUUUCAGUUUAGAGCUUUAUAAAACAUUUGUUUGAUAAUUAAUUUCGACAGUGUUAAAUGAGUUAAAAUUUUAAAGAUUGCAUGUUUAUUCACUUUAUUAUCUGGUCAGAUGGAAAACUUCCUGACCUCAAAGUGGGCCAAUACGCCAUCAUUGUAAUGUUUUGACUAUCUCGACUCUCGCGGUAAGAAAGAAAUGUUGAUUCUUCACAACGAAGACAAACGCUUUUCAAAGGAAAAUGUUAUUUAGUUUACAUGAUGUGUUCUUCUUAUUGAGCAAUGAAAAUCGAUUCUUAGAGUUAAUUUGCAGUACUAACUUCCGAAAGCAGGGCUAGAAUCUAGUCUAAUGUUUUUGAGUGACUGCUGAUGACUUCACAAGGUGAAGGUCAUGUUGCUGUGGAGUUGGAUGCGAUGGAGGCUGCAGCUUGUACAGGGAUUGUUGUUUCCAACCCCAUGUCAGGGGAGAUAAUUGCAUCAUCUUCUGGUGUGGUGACAUCCACCACUGACACUGUCAACUAUUUGACAGUUCAAAGCCAAAAUGGCCCAUUUAUUAUUCAACAGCCGGUCAAGAAUGUCAACAAUGGUCCCAAUGUGGUUAACAAUGGCAGUGCCUUGACCAAGAGUCAUAUUAUAGUGAGGCAGAAGGCUGUCCCUUUGGGUCAGCAGACUACUUCCAAUGUCACAAGUGUUCUUGGUGACAUAGUUACUCUUGACAAGCCUGGGAUGAAGAGGUCUUUACCUUCAUCUGGCAGCAAUGUUAUCACAAAAGUGAUAAUAACCAAAAAUCCAGCCUCUGGUCAGCCACAGCCAGUGCCAGUAAGAACUAACCCACAGACCUUGACACUGACAUCAUUACCUAGUAGUAGUAACCAAAGCGUUGUAUCUGCUUCAUCAGAUCAGCCAGAAACGCCAACCAAAACUGUCACUUUAACCUCACAAGGGAUUGUGUUGUCCCCCAUGACCACAGCUAGUGUUCCAGGGACUAGCACUGCAAAGAUAGUGCCCUAUAAAAUACCAAUUCCUAUAUCUCCUUCAAAGACACCCACAAAGAUAACUAUGAUACCUGUGUCUAGAUCACCCAAUAAAACGACUUUGAACCCAGCCAAUAUUACAGUAUUGUCUCGUGCAUUAAAUACGUUUGCUCAGUCUGGCAAUGUUACUCUAAAGGCUACAUCACCUUCCAAGGUUAUCAUAAAACAAGGUCCUGCUCCCACAGGCUCAGGCUCCUUAACAGUGAAAACCCAAUCUUUACCUACCAUAGCCCCACAGACAGCACAGCCUAUUAGAGCAGUAGCACCAUCUUUACAGACUGUUCAAGCCCCUAAUGCUGUGCAGAAUGCUCGCUUAGCAGUUCAAGAUAAAAAGCCCAUGGUGAUCAAUAGUGUUGGAUCUGUCCAACAAAUACAAGUUCCUGGGAGCCGGUUCCAUUAUGUUCGAUUGGUGUCACCAGUUACAACCAGCACAACACUCCCAACUUCAUUAUCAGUUGUCAAGACCAGUGAUACAUUGAAUCAGGCUUCUGUUGUUCCUAAAAAUGCAAUACCCAUCACUAUGACAACAGCGCCGCAGUUGAAUCAAGUGAAAAUUACUUUACCUGUACAGCAGAAUAUGCCCUUGGCACCGAAACCUGCAGCGACAAGUGUACACCGUGUCAUCCUUCCGGCAACUACAACGACCACUGUGCCUGUGCAGGGCGCUUCUGUUACAUCCCUGGCACCUAUUCAGCCGGCACCCACAGUGUCUAUACAGAAUGUCAGCCAGUUGCCUCCUGGCACCACCAUUCUUUCACCCAGUAAUGCCAAUAUACAGGGCUUAAGGAGCUUUGCUCUGGUGCCUGCUUCAUAUGUCACACAGCUACAAUUAAAUAAACCACUGGUGUCAAAGGCUACCCUCCCGCCUCCACCACCACCACCUCCCUCAGCGCCACUAUCGACAUCAGCAGCAUCAGCUCAGAGACAGACUCGAGACUAUGUACCUAUAGCCAGCAUAGAUCCUGUGGUGACUCAGUACACAGUUUCUAGGAAUGUACCUGCACAAAAUGGCCCCACUUUGGAAGCCACAGGCGCUAGACCUAGAAAACCUUGUAAUUGUACAAAAUCUCAGUGUUUAAAACUGUACUGUGAUUGUUUUGCUAAUGGAGAGUUUUGUCAAAAUUGCAACUGUACAAAUUGUGCUAAUAAUCUUGAGCAUGAAGAGGAAAGAUCAAAGGCUAUCAAAUCUUGUUUAGACAGAAAUCCUCAGGCAUUUCACCCAAAGAUUGAGUGGCGUGGAAUUUCAACCCCGAAUUCCUUACGCAAGGCCAAAGAUAUUGAAGGUAACAGGCGGCAUACCAAAGGUUGCAAUUGUAAACGCUCAGGUUGUUUGAAAAAUUAUUGUGAAUGUUAUGAGGCCAAGAUAAUGUGCUCAAGUUUUUGUAAAUGUUUUGGAUGCAAAAAUUUUGAGGAGAGCCCAGAGCGCAAGACAUUAAUGCACCUGGCUGAUGCAGCAGAAGUUCGUGUUCAACAACAGACAGCUGCCAAAACUAAACUUUCUUCACAAAUAUCCUCUGUACCUUCCAGGCCUCCAACAGCUCCUGCAAGCGGAGAAAGGUUACCCUUUGCUUUGAUUACCUCGGAUGUUGCUGAGGCAACAUCAGCAUGUCUAUUGGCACAGGCUGAGGAGGCGGAAAGAAUGAAAAUGCCUGCAGUAGUCCAAGAAAGAAUGGUGAUAGAAGAAUUUGGCCGCUGUUUAAUGCAGAUAAUAGAUUCAGCAAAUAGAACCAGAACAGCCAAUUCUGUGGCUUGAAAGUAAAUGCAAGUGAUUAAUCAAUGAGAAAAUAAUCUGACCUCUCCAGAUCAAGAUGCUGAGACUGGACUUGCUCCAAGCCAAGUAAAUUGAAUGUCUUCGCCUAGCUAGACAUAACUUGCAGAACUAAAGCUGUGGUUCGAGCUGAAUUUUCUCUGAUACUGAGUCCGUCUUGAAUUCAAAAGCAUGCUGUGAUCAUCACAGAAGUAACCCGUUAAACCUUCGUCUUUAUCCUUGCAGAAUUUAGCAUUAAGUUAAGGUCACUGAAAAAUCAAGUCACUCAUGAGACAAUUUAAGCUGUUGUUUUCCUCACUCAUGAGACAAUUUAAGCUGUUGUUUUCCUCACUCAUGAGAUGAUUUAAGCUGUUGUUUUCCAUCUUUAAAAAAAAAAAAAAAGACUAUCCAUUUUUAAUAUGUUCAUAUUAAAAAUUCUUGUUCCUCCCCAACCUGAAAAAAUAAAGUUCAUUUGAAUGAACAGUCAGAAUUGCAUAAAUUGUUAAAUAUAGUUAGGUCUAAAGUCUUCAUAUAUUUUUAUCUAUAAAUAUUCCAGUUUUAAGUAUAUGUGAAUCUGUAAAAUAUGUAAAAUAAAGUCAAAAGAAACGUCAUUGUUUUAUUAAUAACUAUGCUACUUGCAGAUGUGUUAUGAGCCUGACCAUUGGACUUUCCUCGACCAAAUCUUUAGGUUGAUGAAAUAGUUGAAAAUGUUUGUUUCAUAAUGAGUCUAAUUCUGAUCUUGUAAUGAACUUACUUCAACUAACAUUUCUUGUGAAACAGUUAUUCAAAGCUAAGAAAAUGAUGGUAUAUCAACUAGGCAAUUUGUUUUUUCUCUUCAAGUUUUGAUGUAAACUUGGCAUUUUGGGAUUUAGUGACUGACAAUGUAUACUCCACAUCAUAGAAUGUAGUGGCUGACAUGUAUACCAGCACUUGCUUGACAUAGUGGUAUCUUGUAACACAUUGGUGAGCCAGGCUUCUGAAUAGUUUGGAGGCUAUCUAAGAUUCUCUGAUAUAUUCCAACUUUCCUGCAUAAAGUUUGGGGCAAUUGUUUCUUUAAUGCUUGUGCAUAUAGAUGUCUUUCAGAAGGGGCAAAGUAAUAAAAUACUUCAAAGGCUGAUCUUUGAGAGAAUUAAAGCAUUGCUGAUGUGUCUAUUGUUAUGUUGCAUAUCUAUUAAUCUAAUAGCUGCUAGUAAAGUCAUUAUAUAAUUAAAGAUCUAAUCAGCCCUAAGUCUAAUACUGGUUGAGAUUGUCCUGAAAAAAACCUUUUUUAAAAAAAGCUCACCUUACCUAUGGAUAUAGUAGCAUUCAGACAUAGAAAGAAUUAUUAAUAUGUCUCUCAGUUCUUAACCAAAGAGACUGAAGGUGGCGCUUGUAGUUUAUGAAGUUGGAUAUAACCAGUUAUUAUCCGAUCUACUCCCUUGUCCAUGUGGAUUUUUCAAUGUGAAAAUUGAACUGCCUAAGAUUUCUUUGGAUGUGAUGUUCAUAUUUAUAUUAUUUUUCAAAAAUAAUUUAUGCAUCUCUGUUAGUAUUAAAUAUUAAAAGAAUUGACCAAAUAAUCUUUAUCUAAAUUGGAAGACAGUAGUGUAGGCAUCUAUUUGGCUCAAUUUAGUAUUGUUCUUUUUUUUUUUUAUUAUUAUUAUUAAUUUGCUGCCUUUUUUGUUGUUUAUUAUUAGUUGAUUUUGUUGAAUUUUUAUUAACAAAGAAUAUUGUUAAUAAACAUUAAGAGUAAUAUGUUAUUUGAAUAAUGGAUUGAUAAAAAGCCAUGCCUAAUGGAAUUUUAAUAAAAGAUAUCUAAUUGAAUUCUAGUUAUAACAAAAUUAUACGUUACUUUAGGAAUACAACCGAUGUUAAUGCAGUCUUUCUCCAUCUUAAAUAACAAGUUUAGUUUAUAAGUUUCAGUAAAUUGCUUGAUCUGUUAUUAGAUGAAAUAAAAUGUAUAAUCUAUGUUCUUCUGUUCUGGUAUUGUUGGACUUUUUAUUUGUACAAGGCAUAUUUGAAUAUAAUUUGCUAUUUAUAUUUUACUUUGAACUUUUUUCCCCUAGAAAGCUGCAUAUAAAAUGAAUGUCUCUUAUUUUAGUCAUUUUUAUAUGAAUUUGGUCGUUACCAUUGGAGACAUGGACUUCCUUUAUUAGUCAAAAUAAAUACAGAGUAAACUAAUGAAAAUAAGUUGGUUACUACCUAAUGUCUUGAUGCCCGCCUAAGCUAAAUUAAUGUAGUCAUAGAUAAACAUUUGUAAAAAUUGUGAAAUUUGUCAGACAUUCUUUUCUUUAAUGAUUUGAGGCCUUUAUAGCUUAGAAAGUUGGUUUUUAAAGGCAUUUUGUGUUUUGAUAGAUCAAGCUUGUUAUUAUUUAAUUUGAAGAAUUGCAUUCUUAGUUGAGCAUCAAAUUUUUGCUUUGACCUGCUCUUACCUGGGAGACUAUCAGAUCAUUUUAUAUUUAAUAACAUGGUUUGACUGUAUUGGAAGUGAUCUGAAAAGAUUCUUAUGCAAUGAAUUGAUUAUUUUCACAAAAAUAAUCUCAAAAACUUAUAAAUGCUGCCAUUGUAAAAAAAAAUAUAUAAAAAUCCCUUUUGCUUUUUAUUUCUAUACCUUUUUUUAAAAAAUAUCUCUGUUAAAAAAAUUAUCUUUAAAAAAAUUCUGUAGAGCUAAGUAGGCAAUAUUUAUGUUUAGAAAAAUUUUUUUUGGUAUCUCAAAAACAAAACAAAAUCAACAAUACUGUGACCACAAACUCCAAACUAGUGCUGGCCUGUUCUGUAACUCUUGUUACAGCUCUUUAACAUGUGCCAUAAUAACCAUUUUGUAUCAUGUCUCACUUCAUCUAAUAUUAUAGAUUUUUUUCCCUUCCAACUGUGUUAGGUUGGGCUGGGAGUGAGCUUGUAUGUCUUGAACUCAAAGUAGUCCACAUUUUAGGAUUUCAUUGUUUACCUCUUUAAGUCUGAGUGUCUUGAAUGAAUUUGUGUUUUUCUUGGGAAGAUGCUGGGGUAUUUUUUUUGGUCAUCUACUUUUCAUGUCACAAAAGUUCAUUGUAACAUUGUGUAUAGGAUAUGAAAUAUAUUUCUGAUGUUUAUGUGUGAGAGAAACAUUUUCAUAAUUUAUUCAUUCUCUAUUGCAGUGGUUCCCAACUCUUAGGCAGGCACGACAUGGCCUAAAUUGUGCCGAUGUGCCUCAAAUCAACAAAUCAAAUCAACCAACUCUUAGGGUAUGGCCCUAUUUUGAUAUGGGAUUAUUUACAAUGGGGUAUCCAGUUAGUUUGACUAAAUGAGAGUGAACAAAUGACAAACAUUUAUUUUAAAAAUGUAAACACCUCUCAUUGAGAGGGAAACAUAUUGACUACACUACUAUGAAACAUAAGCUAGUUGUUGCUUAAAGUAAUGAAUACACAGUGGAGCUAAUGUAAACUGUACUCUCUGACCUAACCCCCUUGAAAUAAAAACUUAACCUUUAACUGGCCCACAAGUGGUUAUGAACAUGAACAGUAAAGGUCAUUGAAAUUAAGUACUCCAAGAUGUACCAGAUAUUUAGAAUUAACCAAAGUAAAAAGUAGUCACUGCAUGGUAUGAUUAGCUCAUGUUAGUAAAAUUCUACCAAUACCAUUGCAGAAGGUUCUUAAUUCAAAACUUCAUUGCAUGUGCAGCUCUUUCAAUCGUUUCCUUUCUUGAGCAAAGUUGAUUUUGAGAGUUUUCAGUUCUGCAUUGCUGUGUGUCUAAGCAGAAAGAAAACUUUGGCAAUUAUUUUUUGAAUUUUUAUAUAUAUGAAAAAGAUCAAUAAUUAACAACAUAUUUAAAAGAAUUAAUCUAUUAAGUUUCUUUGAGAAAGCUUAAUUUAGCAGAAUUGCAUAUCUUGGAGACUUGUUUGGAAAGCAACUUAGGAUGAGAAUUUUAAGGAAUUUAAAGAUUGUAAAUCUAAUUUUUUUUUUAACUGGCAAAAUGUGAGAAAUUCUCUGUUUGCUAACUGAAUUUUUAAACAAAUUGUAAAGAACUACAUACCCUCAGUCCUUUGAAGAUAAACCAGAAUCAUUUGUUAGCUCUUAAAUGAAAUAAAAUAAUUUUCUGAUCUUGUAUGUGAUUUGUAUUUAAGGUGGUUAGCAGACUCCUUGACUUGUUUUCACAAGAACUACAGCUCAUGGCGAUGUGACCCAGUUCAAUACUGGGCUCCAUUUGUGUUUUAGACCUCCUUCUUAGCACUUUCUCAUUGACAAGAACAAAAUCAGAACCAACCUGCCUUAGUGUAACAUCUCAAUGAGGGGUAAUCUAUGGGGGUUGAGUGUAGAGGUGGAAAUCAUAAUUCCAUGCAUAGUGAAAAUGUUUCUUGUCUUUAUUUUCCUCCUGGAGAUUGACUAAAUGCUGUCCCCAGCUCUAAUGUUAUGUAAACUAAGGAAGCACUGACUUUGAAACUGAGACUUUGGUGAAACACAAAAGGUUGGGAAGCACUGCUCUAUUGAAACUUUGCUUGAAAUGUGACACUUUUUUUUUUACUUCUUAGCCUGCAUGUUAUUGGAACAUGAAAUGUGUGUCUGCUUGAUAUUCAAUAUGUCUCACUGAGAGAUAAUGUAAAUAGCUCAUUAUAAAUUGAGCAGAAUUGUUUCUUUCCUUUUAAAAAUGUGUACUAUAUUUUAUCCAAAUUUUUAAUGUGCAAGUAGAAUUAUAAAUAAUAUGAAUUGAAAUGUGA